UCUCAUGCCGUGCAAUACAAUGCCGAUUUUUUUUUCCUCUUUAUGUUGGUUAAUUGUGUGGUUGUGAUAAACUGCCGCUUGCUGGAAUGUUCAUUUCUAAUUUUCAUAUCUGGCUCUUGCCCUAUUUCUGUUAUUGCCCUUGUUUCAAUAUCGAAGAAGUUGGAUGAGAAAGAAACCAUGCAUUUGUCCAAAGGAAUUAGUAUGCUAUUUAUCUAUUUAUAUCUUUUACCAGUUGAACAAAACUUAGACUACUAUUAAUAUUUGGAAGUGCCGUGUGUUGAUUGUGUUUGGAGGCACUUGGCUUCUUUGAUACAUCUGGCGACUUUUUCCGCGAACUUAAGUGGAGGCUCUUUCCUUGAGUCGGUGGGUUUUGUUAAUAAGUCGGUUCAUAGUACAAUUAAAGAAUUUGCUUGGGAAGUUAGAGCUUCAGCCCCUAAUAUAUGUUAUUUCAAAGCAUUUGAUAUUGGUUUUGAGACUAUCUUGUCUGGAUUCAUCCUGCUUUUCCUUGGCUGUGGUCGAUUCGGAUUGGUUGGGUUGAUUUUACUGCCUCGUAUCUUGAAGGAGAGAAGCAGGUCAGGAACUAUCUUUUUUAGGAAACUUGACUUGAGUUGAUGGGGGGCAAAAGUUCCAAGGAGGAGAGUUGGGAGCGAGGUUCAUCUUAUCGUUCAACUUCGUCUUCGUCGUGGAGUUCAUAUCCUCAAUCAGCUUAUGACGGAAGUCAGAAUUAUGAGCCUCAACAGCCUUAUUCUACGCAGCAAUAUUUCAUCCCUCCUCGCCAAAACUAUGGUCAUGAACCUUAUGCUACAGGCAGAGUGGCUGGCGACAACAGGAACCAGUUUGAGAGGAGGUUCUCGAGGAUCGCUGAUAAUUACAAUUCUGUGGAGGAGGUAACCGAAGCUCUUGCAUGUGCAGGCCUCGAAUCUUCCAAUCUUAUUGUUGGUAUUGAUUUCACCAAGAGCAAUGAGUGGACAGGAAAAAAUUCAUUUAACAGAAGAAGCUUACAUCACAUUGGGACAGAUCUAAAUCCUUAUGAACAAGCAAUAUCCAUCAUUGGCAAAACCUUGGCGGGAUUUGAUGAGGAUAAUUUAAUUCCUUGUUUUGGAUUUGGGGAUGCAUCAACGCAUGAUCAAGAUGUCUUCAGUUUCUAUUCAGAUGAAAGAUUUUGUAAUGGAUUUGAAGAAGUGUUGAGUCGGUAUAGGGAAAUUGUUCCUCACCUUCGACUUGCUGGCCCCACUUCAUUUGCACCAGUAAUUGAAAUGGCCAUGACCAUUGUUGAGAAGAGUGGUGGUCAGUUCCAUGUUUUGGUGAUAAUUGCAGAUGGCCAGGUAACAAGAAGUGUUAAUACUGAACUUGGCAGGCUAAGUCCACAGGAGCAGAAGACUAUGGAUGCCAUCGUUGAGGCCAGCAAAUUUCCCCUUUCAAUCAUAUUGGUUGGAGUUGGAGAUGGACCAUGGGACAUGAUGAAGGAGUUUGAUGAUAAUAUCCCAACUCGGGCCUUUGAUAAUUUUCAGUUUGUGAAUUUCACAGAGAUUAUGUCAAAGAACAUUCCCCCAUCACGAAAAGAGGCAGCGUUUGCUCUUGCAGCAUUGAUGGAAAUUCCCUCUCAGUACAAGGCAGCUAUAGAACUUAAUCUUCUGGGUAGCAGUCAAAAAAACAAUGCUUCCCAGAGAGUUCCCCUCCCACCACCCACGUAUGCUUCUGCAUCUUUGGGAGCUUCAAAGCCUUCUCACCCUGCUAGUUUUGAGCCCAGUGUUCCUCCUUAUCGUGACAACAUCUCAGCUGGCACAGCUCCUCCUGUCCCGAGCUCCACUUAUGACAAUCAGCUUUGUCCCAUAUGUCUGAGCAAUUCAAAGGACAUGGCCUUUGGAUGCGGUCAUCAGACAUGUUGUGAAUGUGGACAAGAUCUUCAGACGUGCCCCAUCUGUAGGAGCCCUAUCAAUACCCGAAUAAAGCUCUACUAAGCACUAGACCUUGGGAUUUAACUGCCUUGCCCGCCCAAAAUUCUUUGUAUUCUUUUUAGAUGAUCAUUUUUUAUUGUUUGAUUUGGUUGUGACUUGUGUGCGUAUUUGAAUCUCGGUUCGUCGGGAUUAGUAGUGGAAGUUACCAUCCCAUCUUGUACAGCAGCAUGUUUGAGUGUUUUUUUUUUUUUUUGGGGACUCGAGAGAAGUGACAAUUUGAUACGAAAAAACACUGAAUUUUUGUAGUCACAUGGUCGUAAUGAUAUGGUCGAACUUGAAACAGGAUAGAGGGAAGGAGCUGUUCCUUCGGCGAAUCAUACACAUUUUUGCCUAACAGCCAGUUCAUUAUGUGGCACGUGGAAGGUCAGUCCCUCGUGGUCGUGCCGUCGUGGGCGUCCCUUACACUGUUCCACCACCCACACGCUACAAUGACACCAAACCUGGUGCUAGAAAAUGUCAUGCAAUUCUUUAAAAUUUCUGCUCUUGCACAUGAACAAGUAGAUUUUCCUCCUUUGGAUUUUGAUUUUGUAAGAGUGAUACGCAUUCAAAGGACCGGGUGUCGGCCAUCUUGGCUAGGGUAUGCAACUCCCAUGGCAUCAUCAUGCAAAAUACUUCAGUUAGUCUUAUUUAUAAAUCAGGUUAAAAUUUAAUUU